AUGGCUUCUAACAGCAUCUUCAGAGAGCUUCCCCGGGAUAUUGCCGCCGUCGUAUUCCACGGCAAAUCCUACAUCUUCUUUGUCAACUCCAACCAUGAGCUCUGUUAUCUCCGCUCUCCUCAGGGUAGCAACAAAGACUUUGAGCAUCACAUUGUCGAAGUCAAAAACGGGAACCUGAAAGUGAAGUGCGGAAGCAGACAGGUUGCUGCAAUGGCCUGGAUGGGCGACAAACAACAGGAGAUCCGCAUUUACUGCGUCGCCCCGGAAGACGGGCAGUGUGAGAAGAGGGGUUACAUUCAAGAAGUUGCCUUUAACAGGGCCAAUGGAUGGGAGUUGGGUACCCUUGGGUACGAUGAUCCCAAGCAGUGGAUUGAUAGCGACGCCUCUCUGUCAUCUUGCGCCCUUGUUUGGCCAGACAAGCCGAACCAGCCAGACCUUUCCUUGUUUGUCUCAGGAAAGGAUCAGAGAGGAUGUCCAAAGGUGGCAAGGUAUUUCUAUGAUUGGCAUACGAACAGUGGUACCUGGGUGGAGGAUGGCGUCAUCAGCAAGAAGGUAUCCAACUGGUAG